AUGGGCUAUCCAUCAGAGCAAGAGAUUUACGACCUGUUCAUCAAUUUACAAGAUUGGCCGAAAGGCCAUUCCAUCUUCUUCGAUCAGGCCUUGGAAAAAUCGACAUGGACCCUUACAGGCCAUCAUCCUUUCUCCAGAGCCUUCCCAUGCAAGUCCGCCUUCCAAGAAUGGAACUGGAAGCCACACGGCGCGAUGUUCGCUCCGCCUGGUCCGUGUUUUAUUGUGCCUAAUGGACUCGAGAGCGUUGUUUGUGGAAGCAAUGGGAAGGUUGCGAUCGAGCUCCGCAUGGUCAACACUGUCACAAAAUGUGCGAGGCUCAGCUAUGAUCAGCAGUAUUCGUGGCAUUGCAAGUUCACUGAAGAGGGAAAGAUUGAAUCUGUGCGGAUCUACCUUGACUCAAUGCACACACGAGAUGUUCUUCAUUGUGAGAAAGCGGCCCAAGAGGGCGGUAAUCGUUGCUGGAUUUCAUGA